AUGACCUAUCCAUUGAGCCAUAGCCUCCCGCUCACAGCCCAUCUCCACCAGGGCCACACCUGCACUAUUCACAGACCCCAGCUUGAAACAAUCCUUGCUGCUGCUUCUGCUGACCAUCCAUUCCUAUUGCUCAGGAACUUGCUCACUUUCAUUCAAUCUCUCCAGAAUGCCACCCUAAACAACAGCAGCCUCCUACCCCAAUCUAUGGUGCUUGAUCAAAAUGUUCCUUUGCUCAUCAACUACUUUUGA